GAUACAGUAGUUAGUCGUAAAUCUUCAAAAAAAAUGAUGCGCAUGUUAGAUGCUUUUCAGUAACGUCUUUAGCAAGUUAGGCUAACAUUAGCUAGUCGAAUGUGUUGUCAUCUCGGUUUAAUCGUUUUCAAGAAAAGCUCACGUUAACGAGUUGUGAUUUCGUUAACCAAAUCAAACUUAGGUCACCUAAAUGUAGUUUUAUUUGGAGUUGAGGACGGUGUAGCUGAUUAGCUAACGCUGUCUGCAAGCAAUUAGUUAUUAUGAUUAUGGAGGAUUUCUCCGGCCUGGCCCUGCCGCCUCUCUUUGGGGGCCACAUCCUGGAAGCAGAGCUGGAGCCAGGUGGGGUGGAACUGGGCCCAGGGGAGGUAGAGCUUGGCCCUGGGGUCAGCGAGUUGCUAGAGGGCAGAGGUCAAGGGUCAGGAGCAAGGCCAGAGCAGCAGCAGGAGGAGAGGAGAGAAUUGGAGAAGAGGAAGUACCUGGCUUUGAUCAAGCGGUGUAAGGAGAUCGAACAGGUGAAUGAGAAGAUCCUUGGUCGCCUUCACCAGGUACAAAGACUAACACGUCGCAUGAAGAAAGAGAGAAGGUUCCUAAUGAAGACCCUCGACGCCCAUGGAGAUGACUAUAGAAAUGCACAGCUCACCAUAUCGCUGGAGGAAGAGUCUGGUGCCCAUUUUGACAUCGGCCCUGGAGUAGAAGAUGAUAGGCUGAAUGACCUUCCUAGCUCCUCCCCCUCUGUGCCUUUCCAAUCCACAGUGGGAUCCAAGAAGAAGAGGCAUCGAGUUCCAAAACAGGAGAAAGACCCACAGACUGAAGCAGACAUCUCCAUGUUGGCAGAGACGCAGUUCAGUGACUUUCCCAGCCCAACCACUUUGUCUCACUGACCAAGGGAAUGGCCGGUUGCUAGUGGGAGGAGAAAUGAAGCAGCAUUCUGUUGCUUGGACUCCCACUUCCCCAGACGUGAUGUCACUGAAACACAUACAGCCAGGGCUGUAAUGAAAAACAUAGUGGAUAAGAUUAUCAUUUAUGCCCAACUAUGGUCUGUGGAAAUGGCUGAAGGUCUUGACCAUGGUAAUCCACCCAUCCAUUCUGCUCGAGGAGAGAAUGCAUGGUCCGGUCCUUGCGGAAGUUACAUUGACAGUACAUGUAUUGAUGUGAACCUUUUAUCAGGAUACUCUGAACAUGUUUUAUGAUUGUUUGUCGACGUGACGCUUACUAAAUGUUCCGUAUAAAAUGUUUAUUCAGAACUUCA